AUGGAUCGAUUCGACGUAAUCAACUUUGCCGACCUCUCCGGGCCCAACGGUGGUGAUUGGGUCAGGAUCGGCGGCGGAAGUUUUGGUGUCGUUUUCAAGGGAGAAUACUUGGGCACCGAAGUCGCCAUCAAGGAGGUCCUUCCAAACAACACGUAUGAUGUCGAGAAGUACUUUGAACGCGAGUGCGUUCUCAUGAAGGAAGCUCGUCACCCCAACAUCGUCCAGUACAUCGGCCUCACCAAGAGCCCAGGCCUCGAUGGCAGGAUCUACAUCAUCUCGGAAUUCGUCGGCAGCAACGUUCGCUCCUACCUCGCAGAUCACAACAAGCCCUUCCCGUGGCGUUUGCGUAUGAGCUUUGCUAUGGACAUCUCACGUGCUCUCGCCUAUCUCCAUGCACGCAACUGCAUGCACCGCGAUCUCAAGGGCGAGAACCUCCUCAUCACCGCAAACGAGCGCAUCAAGGUCUGCGACUUCGGCUUUGCACGCAUUGCGGCACGCAACGAAGACGAGAUGCGACGAAUCAGCUACUGCGGCACAGACGGCUACAUGUCGCCGGAGAUCCUCCUCGGUGUCGACUUCGGUCUGCCCUCAGAUGUCUUUUCGCUUGGUGUCAUCUUUGCCGAGAUCGCCUCUCGCCAUCUGGUCGAUUCCUACACAUUCAAGCGUGUCAUGCCCACCUUCGGCUUGGAUGCGGACGAGGUGCGCGAGAUGGCAUCAGAAGGCUGCCCAGACUCCUUCAUCCAGCUUGCUCUUGACUGCGUGGAGGAAGACCCAAGGUACCGUCCCGACAUGCGCCAGGUGGUCUCUAGACUGGCCGAGAUCGAGCGGGAAGUGCUGAUGCGCGAAGAGGCAGAGAACCGUUAUGCCAUCGGCAGUGUCCGAGGCGCCACCAUCCAGUCCAUCAUGGGCACCAAGCUCAAGCGUGCUGCUGCGCCAAGACUGCCCAGCUUCAACGGCGCUCUCAAGCUCAAUGGCACCACAUCGCGUGCAGGCUCGGACGACAGCGGCGACGAGAUCGAAGAGGCGCUCGCAGCACUCGAAAAGAUUGGUGUCGAGCCGGACCAUGCCGCGGCGCCGGGUGCCAUCAAGGGUUCCAGCACGCUCAAAGUUGCGGGCCACGGCAACCCUUGGUGGAGUGAUGACGCCGCCGAGGCUCUUCCCAGCAUCAAUCGAAGCUGGCUCGCUUCGCCAGGCGCUGCUGCAGACAGGAUGCGCCAGGAGUCCGAGGCUGGCUUGCUCGACAAUGCCGACUACGCCGAAAGCGACUACAGCACGUCGGUGGUGCGUUCCUCCAAGAUGACGGCAAGGCAUGCCCCAUUGGCCAUGCUCGACGAGCGACCUUCUACCCUCUCCAUCAGGACGCUGCGUCAGGGCGAUUCGCCGCUGCUCAUCCCGGCUCGUCGCGGUUCCGCCGAUCUGUCCGCCAUUCGAAGAGGGUCCGAGUCAGCAGCCAUGCUCUCGCCCACUCGAAGAGGAUCGAACGAUGCAUCCACCUUGCUUGCAGCCGCUCGACGAGGCUCGGCCGAUCCCGCGAUGGCGCUCGCAGCCGCACGAAGAGGUUCGACAGAAGCCUCGAUGCAAUCAUACAUGACCGCCCGCACCCACCGACCGGACACGUCGAUGGCCCUUGCCACAAUCGCCUCGGUCAACUCGGGUCAGAUCGAGCCCGUUCCCAUCCACCAUCGCUUCACAUUGGUCAAGAACGGCACCCGUCGACCCAACAACGUCGUCGCUGCAGCACAAGCCAUGGCGAGCGGAAGUGCGCAUCAGCACCAGCACGUCAGCAGCUACCCUUCCCUCGUGCCGCCCGCCGUCAUGCUCAGCAACGCGCUCGCAAAGUGCUGGGUGUGCGGCAAGCGCAUGGGCUGGAAGCCGUUCAUGGACUGCGAUGACUGUCCCUACAAGACGCACGUCGCUUGUGCCGAGCUGGCCCCGCCCACGUGUCAGGAUCUGGCGAUCCCUCUCAGUGGCGCAGCGGGUGGAAGCCAUGUGCAGCCCGUGCUUUCGCCACACAACGCGUCGAGGAGGAACUCCAAAGCCACUGAUGUCGGCGACCAGAGAGAGAUCUCCGCCGCGGCAGCUGCCCUGCGCAGAGCCUCGCUGGCCGACUCGAUCGACGAACCGGGCUCUCCGCAGAUGGGCAAGCCCAAAACUAAGAAGAAACUCUUCGGCGGCGCCGCGAUCAACAAGAGCGCCGUUCGCGCUUGA